GCCCCAUUUCCAGCUUUACAAGCCUCCCCUCCCCACCCAGUUCCUCUGUGUGACUGCCCAGCCCCCUUCCCCUCUCCUUCAGCGCGGAGGAGCGAAGGGACCAGAGCUGUAGGCUCCGCUACGUCCCCGCGCCCUGGUACCUUCUCCCGGGGAACGCUGGGUGACCAGACAGGCGUAAGCGCCGCUGGAAAAGCGGGGAAGGGACUUCAGCCGGACGGCUGCCUGAGGCACGUGCCGGGGAGCUGCCAGCGCGCAGGUGUUUGAAAAAUCUUCUCCAAGAUGAACUUCUUCCUUGAAACACUCAAAGUCCUGGUGCUCUCAAUAUAUUUCCUGUUAGAAUCUCUAGUGUUGUUGUUUGUUCCUGUGCGAAAGAAGAGUGUUGCUGGUGAAAUAGUACUUAUAACAGGAGCUGGAAGUGGAAUUGGAAGACUUCUAGCAUUAAAAUUUGCCCACCUUGGAGCCACCCUUGUUCUCUGGGACAUUAAUCAAGAAGGUAACAAGGAAACAAGUAAACUAGCUAAAGAAAAUGGAGCCAUAAGAGUGCAUGCCUACUUGUGUGACUGCAGCAAAAGGCAAGAGAUCUACAGAGUGGCAGAUCAGGUUAAAAAAGAAGUUGGUGAUGUUAGUAUCCUAAUCAACAAUGCUGGUAUUGUAACUGGAAAGAAGUUCAUUGAUUCCCCAGAUUCACUUGUAGAGAAAACCAUGGAGGUGAACACCAUGGCACACUUCUGGACUUAUAAAGCCUUCCUUCCAGCCAUGAUGGCCUCUAACCAUGGACACUUGGUUAGUAUUGCAAGCUCAGCAGGACUGAUUGGAGUCAAUGGGCUAGCAGAUUAUUGUGCAAGUAAAUUUGCAGCCGUGGGCUUUGCAGAAACAGUUGGUUUAGAAAUGCUGGCUCUAGGGAAGACAGGCAUUAAAACCACUAUUGUGUGUCCUUACUUCAUCAACACAGGAAUGUUUGAUGGUUGUAAAACCAAUUGGCCACGUCUACUUCCUGUUCUAGAUAUGGACUAUGCAGCUGAGAAGAUUGUGAGUGCUAUUCAACGAGAGCAAGUGUUUCUGCUGAUGCCACGAAGCAUGUACUUUUUAUGGGUUAUGAAAAGUAUUUUGCCUGUGAAAAUGGGAAUGCUCCUUGGAGACUACGUUGGGGCCUUCCAAUGCAUGGACCACUUCAGAGGUCGAGUGAAGAAGGAUUGAAAAUAAAGAAUGAAAAUAUCCAAUACUAGCAGAAAAUUCACAUUCAUAAAAUUAAGUAAAUAUUUUCCAUACCUGUGAUGUUGAUUCACUAAUCAAAUUAAUGGACCAGUUUAGAGUUUAAAAAAUGACCUGCUGUUUCAGCUGCACAGAACUUGCCUUCUGUAUAACUGUGCCUCAUACUUUUGUUAAUUAACCAUUUUAAUCAACAGUUUCCAACAUGAGCUCUGUCUCCUUCAUUCCCUGAAUAGCUAUCCUCGAUGUGAUGCCUGUCAUAGUCUCUUAUCCUUAGUGAUUUUGUAGGGUAUCUAUUUCACAAACUAAUCACAAUUGGCACCUAUAUGGGUAUUCUCAGUUAAGAAACAGGGUGUAAUGGGUUGGGAAGCUAAAUUGGCUUUGCAUACCUUCAAGAUAGUCGCCUCCAGAACAAUAUUGCUGUUAGGGCUGUCUGAGAAAGCUUAUCUUUGUCAUUGCCUUUACUGUUCAGUUGAUGAUUGGAAGUAUUUAACUUUCAAUUUCCUGAGCUGUUUGGCGUCUUUUAUGAGCACUCAAAUUCACAUUCAUAAAAUUAAGUAAAAUGGCAGUUGUAGACACUGAAAAUAUUUUCCACACCUGUGAUGUUGAUUCACUAAUCAAAUACAUCUGAAGGAUAAUAAUCAAU